AAAACUUUUACGAUAAUAUCGACGAGUGUCGACAUGCGGUGUAUCUACUAUACGUGUAUUUUAUUCUGUGAAUACGGUAGAACUUCUAUGUCGCUGUGCGACAGGAAGGUAUAAUUGGAAAGAGAGAGGAAAAAAAGAAAGAAAAUGAAAAAAACGCUCCAACCAAAGCUCUGAUUCGAAUGAAAGUUUGGCGAGAGUAUUUGAGAAUUUUUCUCGAGAUUGUAUGGUCGGAGAACGUAAGGGGGAAAAUAUCAAGUUCUAUGUAUGUAGAAUGUUUGAUCUAGACGACCCUUUAAUUUGUUCUUCGAUGCACACACAUCAUUUACUCUCUCGUCCCCUGAUAACACCUUUCGCUGAAAUGCAUGUAUCAAAUUUAAUUUGGUCUAAAUAAAAUAUUUGAAACAUGAAUUAUAUUUAUUGUUUAUGAACCGUAGGCAGCUUGAUAGACAAAUUCACAUUCCUAAAUUUUGUUCGCUUCUCUGACUCAUGCUUGUGACUCUCUCUAAUGUGCACUUUUCUGUAAUUAACAAUCGACAAGGCCAAAGCUCAUUUUAGCAGCCAAGAAUUAUAUUGAGAUGCAAACUCGAGACUGCUUACAAUGUCUUUACGUUACAGUAUUAAUAGAGAGGUAGAGAUGUUAUCAGGUAGAUGAGUUAUGUUUCCUACAAAUUAUGCCUAGAAAUCUAAACUCAACUAUUGUUUAGUAUUAAUAUCCGUAAUUAAUGUGAUUAACAUUUGAAUCUAUUAGAUAAUGUAACUAACUGAAUGUAUAUAUGUCAAUCUACGGGUUGCAAUUUGACUCUUGAAUGUAUUCUAAUUAUGUAACUCUGACAAAUUGGCAAAACUAUUAACAAUCCCAUUGUUGUACAUAUAUAUAUAUAUGUACAAUAUACAUAUAUACAUAUAUACGUAUACAAAGAAGGAAAGGAUAGUUUGUCAGGGCAGAACUUACUAUGCGAUAUACAUAUUCUCUGCGUACUUUAUGUUACCAGCUCAAGAUACACCUUCGUCUGUUUUAUUUGCUAAUUUUACUUGUAUUAUAUUGUACACUUUAUGUGCUAUAUAGCAACAAAAGGUAUACAAGUUUUCGUUUCAUGCAAAACGAUAUAUUUGUCUCAAAAGGAUGGUUUAUAAUUGCAUUUAGAAUCAUACUGUUAAAAGGAAAUAUUCACGACGAACAUAGACUGGACAAACAAACAAAAGAGCAGAUAUUUCUGCUGAAAAUAAAUUCUGAUUACAUCGCGUUAUAUUUAUUUAACAUCAUGGAUGACUAUAUUUUCGCUCUCUGUGGUAAGUUUACAAAAGACUUCUUUGAGUCAUUGAAUUAUUUUACAUAGUAUUUUACAAUCAAUGAGAGUUUGUUCAUUAUGCUCCAUGUAUGCAUGAGAUGGACGAAAACAUCUUGUGUUGCAAAUACAAAUGUUUCUUGUGAAGAAUAUGUAUAAUGAAGAAUAUCAAUCUUUCUUGAAUAUGACGAAAAUUAAGGACAAAACAGUGUGUGCUCUAUAGAAAAAGUAUUUCAAAAAAGAAUGUUGAAGCAGAAACGUAUUGAUGAGUUUUUUCCAGUAACAUAUAAAUCAACACAGAAAAAAGUUAAAGAAAAUGUUAAACUUCCCCCUAGUACACAAAAUAAAAUAAAACGAAAAAGUUCAAAACAAACUUCAUCAUCAAAGAACAACACAAAACUUAAAGCUAUAUCAAAACGUACAAUGAAAAGUUCCAAGUCCAAUGUCCAGUACUUUCAUGAUGAUAAAAAUAUAAAAACAGUAUCUCAAAACAAUAGCAUUUUAAAUAAUGAAGGAUCAUAUAUAAAUGUAAAAAGAAAUUUGGAAGAGAAUAUUUUAUUAUCACAGAUUAACAAACAAACAUCACAGUGUACAGUUAUACAUUCAAAUAUCAGUGUGUCCCACUUUAAUGAUGAUAAAGAUGCAGAAAUAAUAUCUCAAAAUAAUAGCAUUUUAAAUAAUGAUGAAUCAUAUAUAAAUGUGGAAAAGGAUGUUUUAUUAUCACAAAUUAAUGAAACAACACCAGAGUGCACAAUAAUAUAUGAAAGAGUCAACGAGGCAGAAUCAUUUUAUCCAUUAGAAAUGGACCAACCAUAUAAAGAUACAUCAUAUCAAAACAUUAAAUUAAUGCAUGAAGAUGAAGAUUAUGGAAUAUCAUUUAUAAAUGAACUACAAAAUUCAAAUGUUGAUAAUACAAUGGCAUCAAGUAGCAAUGACAUAAGUCUCACUGACAAAGAAAACUCUCCAAUAAUAAAAUCUAAUACUUACACUCCUAGGAAAUUAAAACAUUCUCCAGAAGUAUCAUCUAAUAAAUCGCCAAAAAAAAUUAGACAUGAAAGAUUAUUAGAUCGUUUUAUGGAUACUAAUAUUAUACGUGAAGUUAUUGAAAACAUGAACUUAGCCAAGCAAGGGACUAUUGCACUGAAUAAUUUUAAUUUGGAAGAAAUAUAUUCUAAAAAUACAUUUGAAUAUAGUUAUAAUCGAACAAAUAUCAAAGAUUCAGUAAGAUAUGAGUUAAGCAAUGUAAAUUUGUCUAAUGAUCUCAAUGCAACAAUUUUAAUUGGUUCUAUUCUUACCGUCUUAUCCAAUCCUUUUAAUUGCGGUUACUUUGAGAAAGGUGAACUGGAUUUUAUAUAUUCCAUUCUUACCCUUCCUGAAAAAGCACAAAUGUUGUUAGUCCGUAUGAUAAAGAGGAAAAGAGGAUGGCACCGCAAAAGUGAUAUAAAUUAUCCAGAUAUAUCCGCAAAUUUAAAAGAUAUCUUUAAUAUUCUCGAGUCACAAUUUAUUUGUACAUUUGAUGUAAAAACUGAUGAUUUACCUGUUAUAUUGGAAUUAUUACAUGUUGACGAGCUUCGUCAAGUUGGUAAAAGUAUGAAGAUAGAUUUCAAGGGAAAAAAAGAAAUUAUUGUAGACAAAUUGUUACAAUUAUCAAAGAAGAAACCUUUAUUUCAUGGAAUGAAAAGUCCAUGCAGUUCUCUGUUUGAUUGUAUUUUUAAUGUAUUGGACUAUUGUGUAUGUAUAACAGACAGAACAUGGCAUAUUAUAGACACAAUAAUGACUUUACUAUUACCAAAUGAAGAUUCAGCGAUGAGUACAGCAGAUACAUACUUUAGGCUAGGUAAUAUUUAUUUAGGAAAAGUAAUAUAUCCCAACGUACCUAAAAAUCAUUUUCCAAUAUUUUCAAAUCGAUAUCAUUUGUUAAGUUACGUGAAUGUUAAAUCUAUAUUGUCUGCAACAUUAAAAUCAAUUGAAAAUAAAAAUUGGGCAGAUGUACGAACCAAUGGAAAUUUUGCAAUGGAAACUCUGCCAAGUGUAUUAAAAGAUGAAUUUUUAAGACUGAAAAAUUCCAAAAUUCCUAUGCAUGUAAGACGUUUUAUGCCUGGAUAUGUAUGGUUAAAAAUACUUUCAAAAAGUGUAGAUGCAUUUAAAAAAUGUGAAAACAAGACACGUGCUGUAGAAAUCUUAAAGUUUUUGUUAGAACAGGAUUGUCAUAUGCAUACACGAAAAGGAAAGUGGUAUUGUGAAUUAGCUCUUAUUACAAUGCAUCAUCAGAAAGAUGUAGAAUCUACAGCAUUGAUAAUAAUGAAGGCCUUAAAUAAUGAACAUUUAUCACAAGUAGACAUUGAAGACCUUAUAGGAAGAGCAAAGAAAAUUCAAAAGAAGAAAAAGGGAAUACAACCUGAUACAAAAAAAAAUAUUAGUGAGAUGAUAGAUUAUCAUAUUGAUCAAUUAUCAACAUUUACUCCUACAUUUAAUACUAUUUAUGCUUCAACAAGUCCAAGUAUGAGAAAUGUUCCUGGAAGUAAGAGCAUAUGGUGCAUAGAAAAUAAUAAUACAAGUCAAAGUUAUGGAUCUGUAGAAGCUUUGGCUUUAUAUUACUACACAAAACAAAAUUUUUCAAACGGAUUACAUUGCGAAGGGAAUUUACCAAUUCUUUUAUUCACUACUUUAUUGUGGGAAGAACUGUAUAAUAAACACAUUCCUGGAACUUUUACGAGUCCUUAUGAUGAUGCUCCAGCUGAUUUGUAUACCAAAUAUUUCUAUGAAAAUAGGAAAGACAGCAUAAACAUGACACUAAACUCAAUACUUAAUAAUUAUAAUGAAGAGUCUUUAAGCUGUUGGAUGGAAGACAGAUUUAAAAUGUUUUAUUCAUAUCAGUCUUUAAUGCCAACUAAUUUACUUCAGCACAGUGAACAUAUGAAAGAAAUUGUCCAUUGUUUGGGGGUUCAAGGUGUUAUAGGCAUUUGUAGAAGAAUAGUUGAAAAUUAUAACCUUUGGACAGCUGGAUUUCCUGAUUUAAUUGUAUGGAAUUAUGAUACAAAACAGCACAAAAUUGUAGAGGUAAAAGGCCCUAAUGACGUACUUUCGACAAAGCAACGAUUAUGGUUAAAAUAUUUAAAUAAACUUGGACUUAACACUGAAGUAUGUUUGGUACAAGGUAAGAAAUGUGUACAUAAUAAGUACCUAAGAUUCAAGGUUCUAAAGCUUCCACCACUGUAAUUGUACAGGGACCUUCAAAGUGGUACCUUAAAUACAAACAUGAUUAUUACUUUGUUACAAUGAUUAUUACUUUGUUACAGAUAAAAAAAAGUCAGCAAUAACUGUAGAACAGUUUGACGAUUGGGAAUGAACAAUUUGCAUGUCAAUUUAUAUUUACUUGACAAAAAUAUUUUGCAGCCGAUAUAUUUUCUAUAUAGUUCUAAACGAGUUUGAAUUUAACAUACUUGAAGUGUCUUGUGGCGGGAGUUGUUUCUAAGUUAAAUUCGGCAACUGGAACACCGCGUUCCGCCACUUGCGGCGCAAACAUUGCCGCAGGAUACACAACUGAUGAUGUACCAAUAACUAAACAAGCAUCACAGGUUUCCACAGCAUCGUCUAAUGUUCAAGGGGAAAUAGAGCAUAACUUUUGUAUUUUAUUUGUAAGAUAAAUCUACUAAACUUUUUAAUAUAUUAUUAU